AUGGUUUUUAUCCAGCUGUUCUGUCCACUUCUCAGGUGCUGCUGGACUCGUGACAACUGCCUCGCUCAGGUCUAUAGCCUGGAAAACUGUGGAUUCCUCAUAAGGAACCCCUACACCAGCCCCUAUGCAUUCUCGUGCUCUGGGAAUGAGAUCACCUGCAGUGACAAAAACAACCCCUGUGAGGCCUUCAUCUGCAACUGUGACCGCCAGGCAGCCAUCUGCUUCUCCAUGACUCCAUACAUCAAGUACUACAAAGGCAAUGGCUGUUAGACUUGUCACCUCAGUUACUGGACACUAUCCCUGCCUGCCUAGUUGUCUUCACUACACACUGUGUCCUCUAAUAAAGCACCUAUGGAAAGAGCUUGGCUAUGAUGAUUGUAGUCUUUGUCUACCAAACAUAAAUAUAUCCUCAGAGAACAUCAUUCUGUCUAUCCCUGGAAGCUGAAGUAUAAUGGGUAAGAUGUUUCCAGGAAACAAGGACCUUGAAGUGUCAUUUAUGAG